CUUUCAUUCACAUAAAUAGAGUUUCAUUCACAUUUUGUAAUUUUUCAUUUGUUUCUAAUGAAGAGAGGCAUUUGGGAAUAAUAGGGCUUUUUUUUCUUUUAGAUAACAUCUGAAACAAUCUAUGAUUACAAUUGGUUUCACCGAUGCCAUCAUGAAUCUCUGGAAAUGUUAGCAAAGGCGUUUCUUAGGUUGGCACCAGACUUGCCAGAGUAUAUGAAGCAAUCUAGAUAGAAGGGCAUGCUUCAACGUACCAAGUAUAACCGCUUCAAGAAUGAAUCUGUGACGCCAGUCGAUGACCUCUUGCACAACCUGUCCAUGAACAGUAAAGUCUCCACAGAAGCCAGUACAACAGUUACAACUCCGUGCUCGGUUCCGACUGAAGUCCUACAAAAGGAUCAAGAGGAUGGAACCGCCGCUCUUUGUACAUUUAUUCACAAAGUGUCCCACUUGAAACUCCACAGCUCGGGCAGCCUGUUGGGUAUUAAAAACAUUUCCUCUGCUGUGAAGGAGCUUGCUGGCUCCAAGUUACAGGGUAGCUCUCCUGCUCUAAGCUCAGCAGCAGGAAUAUCAGACAACACAUGUAACCUUGUCUCUACACCUCCGGGUUCUCAGCAGGACGUGAGCAAGAUGAGCACGGGAAAAAAAACCCGGUCAGAAGAAAUGCAUUUGGGAAGCGAUGACUGGAAUCAAAGCAGCAGCUUUGUCAAUAAACCGUCUCGAGGAUGGCUGCACUCGAAUGAGAAGAUCCUGGGACCUGGAGUGACGUACAUUGUGAAGUACUUGGGAUGCAUAGAAGUUUUGCGAUCCAUGAGAUCCUUAGACUUCAAUACAAGGACUCAAAUAACAAGAGAAGCUUUCAACAGAGUUUGUGAAGCUGUGCCUGGUACCAAAGGAGUCUUCAAAAAACGAAAGCCAGCAAGCAAAAUACUCUCCAGUAUUCUGGGGAAAAGCAACCUACAGUUUGCAGGGAUGAGCAUAACGCUGAACAUAUCAACCACCAGCCUCAAUAUGAUGACACCAGACUCAAAGCAGAUCAUAGCAAACCAUCAUAUGCAGUCAAUUUCCUUUGCAUCUGGUGGAGACCCGGAUGCUACAGACUAUGUUGCUUAUGUAGCAAAAGAUCCUGUUAAUCGUCGAGCUUGCCAUAUACUGGAGUGUUGUGACGGACUAGCUCAAGAGGUCAUCAGUACUAUUGGUCAAGCUUUUGAGCUUCGCUUCAAACAAUAUUUACAAUGUCCUUCUAAAAUUCCUGUAUUUCCAGACAGAAUGCAAAGUUUAGAUGACCCAUUGUGGCCCGAAGAUGAGGGAGCAGCCACAGAGCCGCAAUAUUACAAUAGUAUUCCAAACAAAAUGCCUCCACCAGGGGGAAUUAUUGAUGAAAGAUUAAAAACACAGCUUCCAAACCAAGGUGACAUUUCUCAGUUUGCAAACUCUCCUGGAGUAGAGCAAGGCUAUUACCAAGGCCGUCAUCUGUCUGAAAAGUCGAACGAAAACUUCCAGCAAGCUAUCAAGAGACAAGCUUCUCUAGACAUUUACAGUCAGCCAGAGGGAAAGUUAACAGGAAAUCAAGCAGGCAAUGCACCGACAUAUGUCAAUACUCAGCACAUAAAUAUGAAAACUUUAGGAGCACUUCAAAGAAGCAUAGAUGGAUCCUUCUGUGGUUCUAUAGACAGUUCCAGGGAUGCCAACCCAAGAAAAGAUUUGUUUGAUAUGAAGCCAUUUGAGGAUGCCCUCAGGAACCAGCCUGUGCUUAGCAAAGAUGCCUCGGUAGACUGUUCUAGUCCCUUGCUGUCAAGAGCUGCUAUUUUGACCAUAAGUGAAGAGCUAAAAUCAGAGCCCUGGUAUGUGGGGGAAAUGUGCAGAAAAGAAGCAGAAAUGUUACUAAAAAGAGAUGGCGACUUCCUUGUUAGAAAAAGUGUCAAUAAUCCUGGUUCAUAUGUGCUAACUGGAAUGCACCAUGGACAAGCCAAGCAUCUUCUACUAGUAGAUCCUGAGGGGACAGUCAGAACAAAAGAUCGUGUUUUUGACAGCAUCGGUCAUCUUAUCAACCAUCACCUUGAGAACAAUUUGCCCAUCGUGUCCUCUGGAACCGAAUUAUGUCUCAAGCAAUCGGCGGACGGUACACCUUGAUGUCGCAAACCCGUCAGUCGCUCAGACGCCCGUGUGGAAGCUGCACAUUGAUAAGAAAUGGUGCAAUAUAAUUAUAGAUCACUCUUCUCUUGGUCCAAACCGAAGAGGUUGUUUUAUGAACCAUAAAAACAAGCACUUCUUAAAACAUGAUUUUUAUAAAAUUGUUUGAUCCCUUAAUGUGAAUAUACAAUGUGUAUAUAUACACUGUAUGUAUAUAUAGAUAUAAAUAUAUUUAUAUUUUUGGAAACUAAGGCAAAAAGAAUCAGACAUAGGUCUGUUUUAGUGAAAACCGGACAAUACAUGUGGUUAUUAACAUAAACUUAUUGCAGCAUCCUGAUUUGAUAAGGAUGAUGCUGCAAGUUUAGGUGUUGGUUUUAUCGAGAUAAGCACAAUUGUAGGAAAAACAAUUCUAAGGGUUGUUAAAUUCAGCUGAUAAAGCUUUUCAGUACGGCAUGAUCUUGCAACUUUUUGCAGUUCCCUCCAGCAUUUAAUGGAUGGCGUUCUGAUGUGGGGAGUUUUGUAUUUUUAUCCGGAACACGUAGUCUGAAAACAAUGUAAUAUUACAAUUUUUCUUGAACAAAAAACGCAUAUCAUUUUAAUGGGCUUUUGAAUAUUGUGCAAGGCGAUGUGGACAAACGAUUCUGCUCGUAUUUCAGAUCUCAAUAUUUGGUUUUAUUAAAGUUUUUUUUUAAACUGAUCAUG